ACGCCCUUCGGCCUCCUCAGAGUGUUCAGCGUUGUGAUCCCUUUCCUGUAUGUUGGGACUCAGAUCAGUAAGAACUUCGCAGCCCUACUUGAAGAACACGAUAUCUUUGUCCCAGAGGAUGACGACGAUGAUGAUUAAAGGAACUGUAAUGGAAGAACAGAAGGGAGAAAACCAUUGACAAAGCAAUGGUUUCAACAUCUGUCACCUGUGUUUUGUCCUUCCUAAACGGGACGGGGGGCUCUGUAUCCCCUUUGCCAGUGAGUGUCUUGCACGUGUCUGUCUGACGGAAAUGUGCGGAUCAGGGCUGAAGGAAGUGCUUGGUAGGCCCUGCAUCCUUGCACACACACACGCUCACCUCAUCAAAGACUGCUUGGGAUUCGUUUUAUUAACAAUAUGGGAAACAAUUAAAGAUUGAGA